AUGGGCGACAGUAUUUCCGAAGGCACGAUUGUAGAUUUGCCCGUGGCGCCGGGUGAUUUCGUCAACGUGGACGACGUUGUCGUCGUCUUGGAAACGGACAAGGUUUCCGUCGACGUGCGUGCCCCGGAAGCCGGUGCCUUGGUCGAAAUCCUCGGUGAAAUCGACGACGUUGUCGAAGUGGGUACCAACCUCUUUCGGAUCGACACCGAUGCGGAUGCACCGGAAGCCCCCGUGGCGCCUGAAUCCACUCCGGAAGAAGUCGCGACGCACAUUGCCGAACCCGCACCGUCCCAAACUCCAACGUCCGCGCCCGUGGCGGCGGCGUCCGCCGCCACCAAGGCGCCACCACCACCACCCGCCGCCAAGUCUGCACCGCCGUCCGCUCCCUCCGGCGCCCCCGCGUCCCAACCCGUCUUUUUGGGGACCCGCAACGAACGUCGCACCAAAAUGAGUCGCAUGCGUCAGCGCGUCGCGGCGCGACUCAAGGAUGCACAAAAUACCGCCGCCAUGCUCACCACCUUUCAAGAAGUCGAUAUGGGUAACCUCAUGGAACUCCGUAAGCGGUACAAGGAUGUCUUCCAAGAAAAGCACGGCGUCAAGUUGGGAUUCAUGAGCGCUUUUGUCAAAGCCACCACGGCGGCUUUGCAGGAAAUUCCCGCCGUCAACGGCUAUAUCGACAACGACACGCAAGAAAUUGUUUACCGCGAAUUUGUGGACAUUUCCGUAGCCGUGGCCUCGCCCAACGGGUUGGUUGUGCCCGUCUUGCGCAAUACCGAGACCAUGAGCUUUGCCGACGUGGAACGCAACAUUGCCGCCUACGGACAAAAAGCCAAGGAAGGGUCCCUCAGUUUGGACGACAUGGCUGGUGGUACUUUUACCAUUUCCAACGGCGGUGUCUUUGGAUCGCUGAUGGGAACCCCCAUUAUCAAUCCGCCACAAUCAGCCAUUUUGGGAAUGCACGCGACCAAGAUGCGGGCAGUCGUCAACGAACAAGGCGAAGUGGUGGCGCGCCCCAUGAUGUACCUCGCCUUGACGUACGAUCAUCGAUUGAUUGAUGGCAGAGAAGGUGUCACCUUCUUGAAGUCCAUCGCCGAGAAGAUUGCGGAUCCCUCCAAGCUGUUGCUGGAAAUCUAA